CUCCACCUAGGUGUUGUUAGGCUCUGUCUUUGAGGAAGCAGUUAUUAUUUGUGGAUACUUGGUCCGAAUUUCGUUUCAUAAGUUUGCUGCUUGAGGUAGAAACAUGGAUGGUGGGAGGAAAGUUUGGGCUCCCCAUCCCAUUGAUGGAUACAAACUCGGACAGAUCGUCGACAUCGGACCAGAUGGAGUGACUGUGGAGCCUUUUGAUUCUCCACGACAGACAAUCACUUCAUCAUUUGACCGCGUAUUUCCAGCAGAGGAAUACGACAACAAAGAUGUUGAUGACAAUUGUGCGCUCAUGUACUUGAAUGAAGCCACUCUGCUAAAUAAUGUCAAGAUUCGCUACAUGAAGGACCAAAUUUAUACAUAUGUCGCCAAUAUUCUCAUUGCCGUGAACCCCUACUAUGAAAUCCCGACCCUGUACUCAACGCAGACCAUUAAGAAGUACCAGGGGCGAUCACUGGGAACCAUGCCACCUCAUGUCUAUGCCAUUGCUGACAAAUCAUAUCGGGAUAUGAAAGCUUUCAAGGAGAGUCAGUCCAUCGUAGUGAGUGGAGAAUCUGGUGCCGGGAAGACAGAAUCAACCAAAUACAUUUUGAAAUAUCUGACUGAGUCAUGGGGCACCCAUGCUGGACCAAUCGAACAAAGGAUAGUAGAAUCCAACCCCUUGCUAGAAGCCUUCGGCAAUGCCAAGACUGUCCGCAACAACAACAGCAGUCGUUUUGGAAAGUUUGUAGAGAUCCACUUCAAUGAUAAGGGUCGCAAAGGUCAUUACACAGUCACUGGUGGCUUCAUCUCCCACUACCUUCUUGAGAAGUCCAGGAUAUGCGUGCAGGGUUCCGAGGAGAGGAACUACCAUAUUUUCUAUCGGAUGUGCGCUGGUGCCCCUGAAGAACUGAAAAAGAAAUUGCAACUUUUAACACCUGAUCAAUUCCAUUACCUUAACCGUGGCUGUACCCAGUACUUUUGUACCAGAGAAACAGAUGCAAAGAUGCAAGCCAACAGAAAGAGUCAGCAGAAUUCUUCAAAAGAAUUCCUAAAGUACGGAAGCCUCAAGGAUAUCCAACUGGAUGAUGCUCGGGACUUCAAGGUUACGGAUGAGGCUAUGACCAAGAUGGGCCUUAGUAAUGAUGAGAAGCUGUCAAUCUACAUGCUGGUUGCAGCCGUUCUACAUCUGGGAAAUGUUUCAUUUGAAGAGAACACUGAAGACACUAAGGGUGGUAGUAAAGUGACGUCAUCUUCAGCCCAGUCAUUGAACAAUGCCGCUAUCCUGCUGGGUGUGGAUAAGGAGGAGCUCUGUGAUUCCCUGGUCAGCAGAGUGAUGCAGGCGACCCGGGGCGGAGUCAAGGGAACUGCCAUCAAAGUCCAGUUGAAGGUGCAUGAGGCUCAGAAUGCUCGAGACGCCUUGGCCAAGGCUGUGUAUUCCAAGUUGUUUGACCACAUCGUCAAUCGAGUUAACCAGGCUCUACCCUUCAGUGGAUCGUCAAACUAUAUUGGUGUACUGGAUAUCGCUGGCUUCGAGUACUUCCAGGUGAAUAGUUUUGAGCAGUUUUGUAUCAACUACUGUAACGAGAAGCUUCAGCAAUUCUUUAACGAGAGGAUCCUGAAGGAAGAACAAGUCAUUUACGAGAAGGAAGGUCUGGGAGUGAAGAAAAUAGACUAUGUAGAUAACCAAGAUUGUAUAGAUCUGAUUGAAAUGAAGAAGAUAGGAAUCUUUGAUAUACUCAACGAGGAGAGCAAACUGCCCAAGCCAUGCUAUGAUCACUUCACCAAUGAAGUCCACGGCAAGAACAAGAAUCACUAUAGAUUAAGUAUUCCGAGGAAAUCUAAGCUGAAAUCUCACCGCGAUUUACGAGAUGACGAAGGUAUCCUUAUCCGCCAUUUUGCUGGUGCUGUUGUUUAUCAUACACAACAAUUCAUCGAGAAAAACAACGAUGCCCUGCACACGUCCCUGGAGAUCCUUGUCCAGGAGAGCAACAGCAGUCUCGUCAAGACUAUAUUCGACGAUCCCGAGUCAAAGAAAACAGCCACGGGAAAACUGACGUUCAUCAGUGUGGGCAAUAAAUUCAGAAUGCAGUUGACGACGCUCAUGGAGAAGCUUAGGUCAACUGAUCCCAAAUAUGUUAACAAAGUCAGUAACCGUCCAAGAAAGGAAAAAGGCACAAAUUUCAUCCGUUGCAUCAAGCCAAACGUCAAGAUGAUUGACCAUUGCUUCGAAGGGGCGCAGAUUCUGAGUCAGCUGCAGUGUGCUGGUAUGACAGCUGUUCUCGACCUCAUGCAACAGGGUUACCCAUCCAGGACACAGUUUGCCGAGCUUUACAACAUGUACAAGCAAUACCUCCCUCCAGACUUGGCUAGGCUUGAUCCCAGGCUUUUCUGCAAGGCUCUCUUCAAAGCCCUUGGUCUCGAUGACAAUGAUUUCAAAUUCGGUAUGACAAAGGUAUUUUUCCGUCCGGGCAAGUUUGCCGAGUUUGACCAGAUUAUGAAAUCAGAUCCGGAGAAUCUUGCAAUGCUUGUGGCCAAGGUGAAGAAAUGGCUGAUCUGCUCAAGAUGGAGGAAGGCUCAAUAUGGUGCCCUCUCAGUCAUCAAACUGAAGAACAAGAUUCGUUACCGCUGUGAGAUGCUGAUCAGAAUCCAGAAAAACGUCCGCAUGUGGUUCUGUGUCAAGAGGUACAGGCCAAGAUACAAAGGUAUGCAGAAGGUGCGCACGUUGAGGGCUCAGUUGACGAGUAUGGGGCAGAUUGUCCAGUCUAUGAAGAAAGACAAGGACAAGUACAAGAAGAAGGUGGAUGAGACCAGCAAUGCCAUCGAUGCUCUACUCAACAAAAUCAAGAACACCCCAAUGACCCGUCAACAGAUCGAUGUGGAAUAUUCCAAGAUGAUGACAACAAUCAACGCGCAGAUCGGCGACCUCAAGAAAAAGGUUGAGGAGCAGAAGAUAGCUGAGGAGCGUGAGCGCAUGAGGAAGAUCCAGGAAGAGAUGGAACGGGAACGUUUGAGGAAGGAGGCCGAGGAGAAGAAGAGACGGGAGGAGGAAGAGGAGAAGAAGAUGCGCCAAGAAAUGGAAGAAAGGCGCCGCAAGGAGGAAGAGGAGAGGAAGCGUCAAGAAGAGGAAGACAGGAAGGCUGCCGAAGCUCUCCAGGCCCAGCUUGAAAAGGAAGCUGAGGAGGAAGCAGAAAGACAAAAAGCAUUGGAACAAGAGCGCUUGGAUCGUGAACUUGCCUUGCGUCUGGCUGCAGAGGACCAGAGUGCAGUCGAAGAGAUGUCAACAGAGCCCAAGACAAAUGUGUUUGCCCAGAAACGCCAGGAGUCAAAUGACAAAGACAAUUAUGAUUUGGCGAAAUGGAAGUAUGCUGAUCUUAGGGAUACCAUCAAUACAUCGUGUGAUAUGGAACUUCUAGCCUCAUGCCGAGAAGAAUUUCACCGCCGCCUCAAAGUCUACCAUGAGUGGAAGACGAAAAACAAGAAGCGUGGUCUUACCAAGCCCAACAAGACAACAGUUGUUAUGGAUGAGGAAGAAACCAGGGCACCUGCAUCAGUUCUCGAGCACGAGGUUACACCUACUCCAGCACCGUAUAAUGCUUCCAAAAGGAUACCAGUUAGAAUAAUAGUGCCUGGGGUCCAGCCGUCUGCUUAUUCUCAAGCACCUGGCUCAUACAACUCUAAGUCUGCUGAGCGAGUUCCCCUUCUGCCUCCCCGCAAGCCUCCAGUGAGAACGGAUGAAACGGCCCAGCGCUAUUUCCGCAUUCCGUUUGUACGCCCAUCGGAUGCCGGCAUGUCCAAACAGAAGGGCUGGUGGUAUGCCCACUUUGAUGGCAAAUACAUCGCUCGCCAGAUGGAGCUACAUCCAGGAAAAGAACCAGUUUUACUUAUUGGAGGAGUUGACGAUAUGAAAAUGUGUGAGCUUGCCUUGGAGGACACUGGGCUAACAAGAAAGAAGGGUGCAGAGAUUACCGGCAAAGAGUUUGAGAUCGAGUGGGCAAAGUCCAACGGCAAUGAACUCAUUAAACAAAAUAAGAAUAGCAUUUCAUCGCAACAUUUGAGGAAGAGGUUUGGUGUUAAAUAAUGCUAGCUUAGUCUAGUCAUUUAACUUAUAUGCUAAAAAUCAGUGUGUUCCAAAAAAGUCUCAUUGAGCAGAGUUUUUGGGACGCACUGAAGAAUGUAAUGUUUGAAUUGGAGAACUGGUUUUGAAGACAAUUGGUUAUGAUUCUCAGCUGAGCGCUUGGCCUAUGUGCCUCUUGUUCAGUCAUUCAGUGAUUGGUCAAUUAUGUGCUCUUUUUAGUGCAAUUAAUAAAUUAUUAUGACUGCAUACCGGUAGACUUUUCAGGAAAACAGUCUUGCAUUUUGCCGCAGGGUCUUCUGAUUGAUUGAGUUAAAAAAGUGCUUCAAAGAUCUGGGCUAUUCAAUUGUGCUUCUUGAAAUCUCCAUCAUUUGCCACAUUUGUGUUAAAACCAGUUUUAUCAUUUCUCAAAUCCCACGACCAUUUAAUCGGUGAACCCAAAGUUCAUGUUAUUUUCACACAGUGAGAAAACUUGCAAAUGUUUGUCAACAGUAAAGGGCACCGAAUUGGUGAAUACAGCCAUUUGAGUGUUGUUUUGCACACACAGGUGUGUUGUUUUUAUGGAGUAAUGUGUACUCAUUGACAAGAAAUAUGUAAUGAAAAAAAGAGAUUUUUCUGUUUUGAUGUAGUGAUGUACAAUCUGAAUUAAACAUAUCACGCAUUAGGCAUUCGAUGGACUCUCGCUGUUGAGGACAGUCUGGGAUUGACUGCAUGUAAUGCUGUCCUUGGAAGGGAGGUGUCUUUGAAAUUUUUGCUAUAAUUAUUAAAGUUAAUGAGUUUAUGUGUUGAUUUUAGGUACCGUUCUGACCUACAUGUAAUACUGAAUUUCAAGGCAGUUAGCCGUUUCUGUACGAUGCACAUUGUAAUUGGUCUUUGUACUUAAUUUGUUUCCAGUCAUGAUAAAAGGUCCCUUAUACAUGUAUACUGUGGGUUGGGUAUUUAUAUAUAGGAGACAAGGAAGUAAAUUUGAAAUUGAAUGACUUGGACUGGGUCAUUUUGACUCGUAGACAAUCCAUAUUAUGAGCAUUUAGUUCUGCUUAUCAUAAUCAUCAUAGUAAAAUUGCAACAGUCAUAAUUGAUUGUAUUUCCAUAUCAUUUCAGAUAUCAGUAAUGUGGUGAGGCAUUUUCUAGUUGACAACAUUCCAACAUUGUAUAUACUGAGAGUUUUAAAGUUUCAUAUAUAAUAUAUACACUGUUAUAGGUUUAAUUUGGGACAUUUCCAAGAAAACUUUUCAUGGUUUCUUUUUGUUUAAAGAAUAUUCUCUAGGUCUGAUAAAGAAUCCCGGUAGGUACGUGUUACAUGGCCUGACUUGAUAAAAAAUCUCACACAUUCCACUUAUUAAUGCAAAAUGAUCUCAAAUGUGCAACACGUGGCCUUGUGUUCUAAAAAAGCUGCAGUGGAAUUCUGGACUAACAUUUCCAGAAGGGGUCAUUGCAUGAAUGACCUUUGAAACAGCAUUGCUGGAAAACUCAUCUCAGAACCUAUUGGUUUCUCUCAUCUCUCAGGCCACAUAGUUAUUUGGUUAGAUUUAUGAUUUGGUUGUGAUGUGGUCCGUGCUUUCCACUUUUACCGGUACUUUACAAGGAGGUACUACUUGUAGCAUUCACUUUCCAUACAGCAAAGCCAAUACACUUUGACAGGCUCUCCAUCCACUUCAGACACUUUUGUUGCAUUGUACAUGUGGUACGACUACAGUAGUUAGACUAUUGGGCAUGUAAAAUUGUUUGUCCCUGCAAGUAAUUAUGUGUGCUUUUUCAUUUCUAGUUAAUGAAUUAAGCUUGAUUCCCACCAUUGUUUGUCAACAGUGAUAUCAAGGGGGACUAGAGGCAAGAGCCAGGUUGGCCAGAUUAGGCUUCACCAAAUGACCAAUAGGUGUCUCUGCUUUCUCAUUGUACAUUUGCCCUUGUCAGGCUUUUAGGAGGAACAUUUUCGUCAGUGAGUCAAACUAGACACAGUUUCCAAACUGGCAGCCACCAGUUGGACAGGCCUACAUGCACCUCUUGCCUUAUAGUCCCCUUAAAGAGUGAGUGUUUUAUGCAAGUAUCAAUUCGUGUCUUGUACCCCCCCCUCCUCAAGGGUACGACACCUUAUCACCCUAUAACGACAUCUUAAGGCUCAAGCAUCGCCCUUUUUUCACCAAUGCUACUUUUUCUUUCGUCAAGACAUCACCAUCAACAAUAUAUCAGUUAUCACCAUCAUAUAAAGUAACCGGACUAAUUUUACUGGGUAAGGCUGUAUGUUCGACAAGACAUCGACACAUUAGCAUCCUUAUUCUUUCCAGCUUCGCCAAAUUUUCACUAAAGGAAAAAUAAAUACUACUCAAGCAUCGGCAAAGAUUAGUGGUGAUAGCUUAACUACCCUUGGGUACAAGAAACGAAUUGAUACUUGCAUUAGUGUUAUCAAAGGAUCACAAAAAGGAGUGCUUUGAAUAGGUUUCUUGAAGAAUUACGAAGUAUUUACAAAAUACUAGUAUGCUAUUAUCAUAAUGUCACUUUACUAUAAUUGACAUAUCUAAAUAAUAACUAUGUUGUACUUAAUUAAAAGUUAUUCAUUCUUUCUGGCCGUAAUUUUGUUGUCUGUUGGUUUGGAAUGGUCACAUUUUUUGGGUCAGUCUUUCAGUACUUUAGACAUUCCAUAAACCUUAUGUUGUUAACAAUGUUGGUUAUGAUCCCAUCAUUUGCAUAACAGAGUUGAAGUGCCAGAUCACGUAUAAAUGCCUUAUAUAACAGUUGCCUAUUAUCGGGUCUCAAUGGCUGAUAGAUUUUAGAUGUAGGCCUAGGUCUAGAGGAUUGAUAAUUUGAUGACAUAGGGAAGUAACCAUAGUAACUGCGUACAUUGUACCCAUAAUGAAUAUACAAUGUAAAUCAAGCUUUGUAAGCUUCUUGCACAUGCACACAAAGUUUCGACAAGGUAACUUUCACAUUGUAGUAAUCUUGGUAACUGUGAGACAUCAUAACCUAUGGCAUGUUGUGGAGGCUAUCUAAAGAAUGGUAUCAGAUGUAAUGAACACAUUUUUCAGAUGUGAGGGAAUUAUGUGCUUGUACAUGUAAGUGUAUAUUACUGAUGCACAACAUUGUGUUAAAGGGAGACAACAUGCAGGAACCAGUUGGGCCAGAUUGCAUUCAGUGUCACUCCUGCCUAUUGUCCCCCUUUAAGGUAUGGAUACAUUUUGAAGAAGGUCAACGAAGACCUUCCUAAAAAUAUGCAUCAGUGAGUCCAGAAUAAAAUAUAAUCCUUGUGAUGACCUACUUGUAAAGCAAUAUUAGAUCAAAUUUAGAAAAACAUAUUUAUAUUUGUUUGUUAUAAACCCCUGUUUGUUAGCAAACUGGAUCCGUCCUGUGACUUCAUUUUCGUCCACAAUAUUGCACCCUGCCAGCCCUAAAUUAAGGCAAGUGAUUUUCGAGCACCCUGAUAUUAAUAUAGAGAUCUGUAAGUGAGAUCUGAUUAAGAUUUCUAAUGUGUAACUUGAGGCAGUUAUCUGGACAAGAUGUUCUCAUGAGAAUCCUGGAUCUGUCAACACUAAGGAAUAAGCAAGUUAAGGCAAGGUGAAAAUGUUUAUCACAUUUAUGCAUGCUUUAUCGUCAAUAAAUGUUUUAAAUUGAA